AGAUAAUACUAACAGUAAAAAAUCCUAGGAGGGGGGAUCAGGAAAAUGCUAAUUUUUUUUCGCAAACUCUGAAUGCAAAUUUUUUUUGAUAAAAUUCCAUCAUUUGGACUCAACAUCACCCUCUAUGAGUUUCAUUUGGGUCCCAUACUCAAAAGUCAAGAUUCAGCAUACUGAAAAAUCCUGGAUACGUCACUGUAGGAUGGACCGAAAUUCUAAUAUAAUCAUAUCAAAUGAAGAAUUGUGAAAUAUAAUAAUUUGAACUAUCGGUAUAUAUAGAUAGAAAAUUUUUUUUUUCGAACUUUAUAAAAGCUACUGCCAUGACAUUUUUUUCGCAUUUUGGAAGUAUUGAAUAAACAAAUUAUUUUUUUUUAUUUCUCUUAGUCAACAUCAACAUCAAAUUUCUAAUCGUAUUGAACAAUUUCUAUCAUCAAAAAAAUUUAAUGAAAAAAAUAAACAAAAAAUUUUAAAUAAUAUUGAUAGUAUUUGUUCAUUACAAUCAUUUGAUAUGGAUUUAUCUAUAUUUGAAAAAAAAAUUUGUGAGAAACAAUAUCAACGAUGUCGAAUGAAACUUGAUCGUUAUCUUUCAAUUUAUCAUGAAGAUUUUCGAUAUUUUCGAGAUAAAACAACUAAUCAUAGUUGUUCUAUGAUUCAUCCAAUACUUGUUAGUGUAUCAAGUCAACUUGAUUCAGAUGAUUUUUCACCUGAACAAGCCGUUGCCGAUUUAGUUGAAGGUCUUGAAUCUCAGCGAACCAAUGCACAAUUAUGGUGUCUUUAUCUUGAAUUUUCGAGUUGGCAUAUGUCUCAUGAUGAAUUACAUCUUUUAUGUUUUGCUGCACUUAAAAAUGCUCAAAGUUAUGAUUUAUUUUGGACGAUUUUCUAUUUAUGUACAAAUAAUGUAGAAGAAUUAAUAACAAUUUAUUUAACAUAUAUACAAUCGGAUGAAUUUGAUUUUCAUAAUCGUUCAUAUGCAAUAUGUGAAUUAGCUAUGUUUCAUGGUAAUCUUACAUUAAAUUGUGAUCAAACAUAUGAAAAGAUCAAAAAUUAUUUAUCGAAUUCUUUUCUUGAAAGUGAACAUCGAAUAUAUCUUAUCUUAGUUUUAUUAUAUACAUUUGUAUUCGGUUCAUUUCCUCAAACUCUGUAUCAACAAAUAGAUGAAAAUCGCUUCGAUAAACAAAUAUAUCUUGAACCAUUUAUUUGUCCUUGGUAUGCACUAUCGAAUUAUUCACAUUCACAAGAUGAAAUAGAUAAAUUCUUUGAUGAUUUUAUCAAUCCAAUGGAAUUAUCGGAAACUAAUUUUGCUUUGUAUAUUAAUAAAAUUCAUUAUUUAAAUGCUACUAAAAGAUUUGAUCAAUCAAAACAUUAUAUUGAAACAUUAAUUGAAGAAUUUCCAUGUUCAAUUGAACUUUGGAUUGAACUUUUAUUAAAUCCAGAAAUAUCAAAUAAUCUUACUGAAACUCUUGAACGUGCUAGAAAAACAACAGGAAUUUAUUUUGAAUUUAUUUAUUCUUUGUCUUCAUCGAUAAAUAUUCAAUCAAUAUUAAACAAUGAAUCGAUUCAAACGAAAACAUAUCGUGAAAAAUUCUUUUCUGAUCUUUGUCAUUUAUCGUUGGAUUCCAAUAAUGAAUUGAAACAAAAGAAAAUUGAACAAAAUCUUAUACGAUACAAUGGUGAAUUACGUGAUAUAACAAUUCUUGAUAUACUUAAUCAUUUUUCGGAUUUUUCAAUUGAUGUACAACGACAAAUGAUAUUAAAAAUUUUAAAUUAUUUAAUAACAAAUAAUGAUGAUCAACAAAAAAUAUUAAUGAUGUAUUCAUUCUUUCGAAUUAGUCAAAUUGGUCGAGUUUUUGAUAUUAUUAUUGAUUGUUUUCUUUCAAUACAUAAUGAUCAAUAUGAAUGGAUUAUUAAACCAUUUAUAUAUCGUUUAUUAGAUGUUUCAAUAAAAAAAGAUUGUAAUACAUUAAUAUGGAUUCGUUUUGAUGCAUUUGUUAAACAAUUGAUACAUAAUACUCAUUGCCAAGAGAUCUAUGUCACCAUUCUACAACGACUAAUUACAUCGAUGGAAGAUAAAAUUAAAAUUGCUCGUUUAUGUCGUCUAUUCGAAAAACAAUUUUCCAAUUGUGGUAUUAUAUCUCAACAACUUCGACAAAUCAUCUUCAAUUCAACUAUUAAUGAUACGGGCGCUACGAUUACUUCAUAA